AUGUUUUCGAGUUUUCAACAAAGGUUUCCGCUGCAAGACUUGAAGCAAUGGGUACCAAUGUUGGAACUGUUUCCAUUGGAUCCCGAGGCCUUGAGUACUGGGCCUCCUGAUGCCGAAAUCCUUUUGGAAACCUUUUUGCCAGGAAGUGUGUACGGGCUUUAUCAGAAGGGUGAAAUGUUCCCACGGCCGUUCUGGACUCUCCCACCUAGAAAAGUGUUUCAGACUCUACCAAUUUCGACCUCACUCCCACUAGAAUCGAUUUCAGUACCAAAGGUCGUUGUAUCAUCUUCAGACUCCGAACUACCAAUUCCAGCACCACGGGCCAUUGUUUCAGCUGAGAUUCCUCGUGUGCAAACACCGUUGACAUCUGAGAUCCCUGCUAUUCGGAAGAAGAUUUCGACCCCAUCAUUCAACACCCGUCCCAGUACUCCAACCCGUCCCGGUACCCCAACAUGCUCCAGCACUCCAACCCGUCCCAGCACUCCGGUAGAUGUUCGGUCGUCCCUUCCUCACAGCAACUCCAGCUCAUUCUCUACGCUGAAAAAAAGUCCUUCGGUUCGUGAUUUUCUUGGAACGGCAGCAAAUUUCGCGAAGGAAACAAAGCCAAAACCAGCUACACAAAAGGAUGUUGCCAUUUCUACUCCAGUCCCAGUCCCAGCUCCAACUCCGGCCCCAACUUCAGCUUCUGCCAUGGCCUCCCUUCCGUUAGAACGUUCAGUAGUUUCUAUUGAGCCACUUGGUGAUGGUCCGAUUGUUGUGCGGGAGACAAAAAAACAGGAAAGGCAAAAGGAGCAUAUGGCAUUGGUACAAUAUUAUUCACCUGUAAUUCAAGUACCUCCCCCCGGUUCAGCUCAAUAUAGAACUCUUGAUACUCAGAAUACUUGCCGAGACGAGACUUCAUACAAAUCCCCAAAACAAUCGUCGCCAAGCCUCUCUAAAGGCUUGGGGUUUGAUGUCCACUCACCAAAAGAAGAAUUCGGGGCUGUACCAAUGGAUCUUCAAUAUCGAGCGCUCAUUACGCAGUAUCUAAAAAAACUACAAAAGGAGGCAGUCAAGGUUCAUUCACAAUUCUCACCUGCACCGCCAACAACCAACAAUUCUCCGGUACUUCAACAAUGUUCCCUUAUUCGCUUUGAUCGUGCCUUCAAUCGGUUUGAUAUUCCGAAUAGUUAUUUUCCGGAGAUACACAUUGAAUCACGGUAUCGAGAUUAUGUUCACCACUUUGUCAAAAAAUCUGUUUUUAAAACUGCUGCUGCGGGGUCCUCACGAUCUAUCAGGGAAGUUAUGCAAGAGUUGCGGAAAGAUUCGAUAUUCUUAAACACUAUUGAACCUGGCGCAAUUUUACAAGCACUCGAUGAUGCAGUUGUGGCUCGCCUUCGACAAUCGUUAUCCACCCAAAACAACUCCAUAACCCGUUUUGGCGACGCAUCUGCAAGGAUGGAUGACUUGAGAAGGUUUUUGGAAAGUUUGACAAAGGAUAAUGGACAAUGCAUUGAAUUUGAGCACUGGAUCGAAGAAGUCCCUGUGGACAGCGAACAAACUUUGCCAAUCAAGUUUACGGUUGAUUUCGCUGAUGGAACACCGGCAAUUCGUGGAACUUUAUCUGGGCCUAAUGCAUUGAAGGAUUCUGUCCGACGAAGAAUAAAGGCUUUUAAGCCACAACCUUCCCAGGACAGUGAAUUUGCAUUCGAUACGACGGCAACAACACACGGAACACCAUUGAAACGGACAUUUGGCAACAAGGGCUCCUCGACUGAAUUGAGACUUUACAAGAGGUCAAGGAAUGGAUCCUCGGAUGAUGUCAGUCUUCAGCGCCCUAAAAGCAUGUUUACAAAGUCAAGGAAUACAUCCUCGGAAAACAUCAGCUGUAUUCAACGUCCUAAACAUUUAUCUAUCAUUACAACAAGUUCCAACGAAAAAAUGCGAGCUAUCAGCAACUCUUCAAUCUCAGAGGCCAUAUUCAUCGAGUCCGCACCUGAUUCACCAAGCUCCACGGCUGGUUCCAUGGAGCGAUGGGAACAAUCAUCUACCCUAUCUCGGUUUUCGAUGGGAUCUUCGCAAACCGGAAUUACGAUACCACCAUCUGGACCAUCCGUGUGUUUGGUAUCAGGUAGAACAUCAAGAAAGCAAACUACAGAGGAGGAGCGGAGCGCCCGAGCAACCCAAUCAUUCCGUAGUCAAUCUGUGCGCUCACUGCGCUCACUGCGCAGAGAACCAACUUCUGAGAGUCGCAAAGAAGAUGACACUCAAUCUUUGUAUUCGUCUUCCUCCCCCGCACCAGCAUUUGACAUCAAUCAUUUCUUGAGACCGAAGAAAUGUCGCUCAAUCAGCGAAAUUUCACUCGACAAUCCAAAGGAAUAUCACGCUGAGAGCUUGAAACGAAGCUUUAGCUCCACUUCUUCAUUAUCCAAAUUCACACCUGCCGCAUCUCGCCUUCCUACAGUUUUAUCGCCAGUUGAAACAGAGAUUCCGCAAAUUUCCAUUAGCGACGAGAGUGGUCCGAUGGAAUCAUCUGAUGUUCUGGAUAUGGUUACACAAAUUGAGGAGCCAGAGGAUUUACCCCUUGCUAUAACAGCUCCCACGAGCAUGAUCCCAGAAGAGCCUGUGAGAGCAGACUCCGGGUUUUCUAGCAGCGACGGGAAAAAGAGCGCCCAUGGAUUAUUAAAAGAAAUUGCGGGAGUGGGUGAGGAUGCUAGGAAACUUCCACAAGGUACCCGAAAAACUACAUUCAUUAAGGAUAUCAAAAUCACGGCUGUCAAGGAUACCAAGGAUGAAGCAAAACCUGUGGAAGAGCGUGGAACCAAGAAAAAUAAGCUAUUUGGCAGAUUGAAGGACAGGGUCAAGGGGCUGAAGCAAAAAGUCAGCGGUGCCAUGAAGUCCGGCAAAGAAAAUUAA